AUGCGCCACUCCUCGCACAUGCUCAGUGACUGCCGCCCCUUUUCCUCCCCACCCCCUCUCCAACACCACUCCCUCCGCCUCGGGGCUUUGGAUUUGGGGCGCUUGAAGAAGAGUAAGGAAAGUGCUGGGGAGGCUGUCAGCUACUGGCGUUCGACUUCAGGUUCCCUCCAGGUGGAAGAACGAGGACCAGAAAGCAAGAGGGAACGUGCCCAUCGCCCGAGGAGGAGUGGCACGCACUCCUGCUACCUCUUCUCCAAGGCUCUGCUGCCAACAGGAAGAUUUAGUCCAGUGCAGCGUUUUUUCUCCUCCUCCUCCUCUUCCUGCCUCCGCACUGCGCGCUCCCCGGUCCCUGCAACUGCCACAGCUACCGCCUUGGCAGCUGGGCAACUUGGAAGGCUCCCCUGGGAUAGCGGGGGAGUGGGGCGCAUGCCAGAAAGAAAAAGGCAUUUGGAGUCACCCUUACUUCUACUGUCAAGGGGACGUGAAGCGGAGUGUUGUCACAAGUCGCGAGGGUCGCCUGAACCGUCGCUGCAGAUCGGAGACCAAAGACAACACUGCUUGCAGAGAAAAACUGUGGCAUCCCUGCAGGCAACAUCUCCUCCGUGGCUCCAGCUCCUGCUGAACAGCUUCUCCUUCCACGGUCCAGCUACAAUCAGGUUUUAACAGGAAAAAACAAACAACUACGCACAAUCCUGGACAUAGGAUGAACUCUCUAGAGAAGCAAGUGGGUCUGAGCAAUGCUGGGGAUGGACUGUAAUGGAUUUUGCAGUGUAUUGCCUGGAUUGCUCUCUUGGGAGCGAGUCCCUUAUUUCCCAGCUGUCAGAAGUGUUGGCUGCCUACGGCUCACAGCUGAGCCCUUUGCUGAGACUUGUCCUCAGCUGACGACUGCUGCCUGGCUCAUGGUCAUGUCACCUCCCUGAGGUGCAGUUUGCUUCAAGUGACUUAACAUUGCAGUGGUACAAAGACCUAGUCCUGUCCGCCUAAUGUGGCGACAACUCCAAGGGCCAGGCCAAUUCCAGAACUCCCUGUGAGUUUGGCUGAUACCUCUGUUUUUAAUUGAUCCUCAGUUCACUCCUCCCUCUAUCUAAUUCUGCUUCUCUGACAUCUUUACAGGUUGUGUUCCUGAGUAUACUUGCUAGUAACCUUCCCGCAUACAAUUUUUUGUUUCAGAGCCAGUUUCCUGGGGAACUGAAACCGAGACAAUUAUGAUGAGUAAAGGAAGUAAUCUGUCAUUUCACCUGCUUAAAAUAUUGAUGACAUUAUUUAUGACAUCGUGUCAUGACCCAAAUUUCUCACCUGAGGAUUUUGUUUUAGAAUGAAGUACUCAGGAAGACACUAUUUUCCUGAAAACCUGUUCUCUCCCUUUAUUAAUGGAAAAACUAGACAAUUGAUCAUUAUUCCCUUUAUAUUUGGCUACUGAGAGAAUAAACUUGAUAUUUUGUUAUAGUCCUUCCCCAAAUUCUGAAAAAAUUGUUAAAACAUCUGUAGCAAAUGGAAGCAGAUAUCACUUUUAUUACAAUAGUGGUUAAGUGGGAGGAUAGAGCAUAAUGUAAAGCUAAAAAAGCUCUCUCCUCUAAACCUCAAAUGCUAGCAAUUUUAUCAUCCACUCACUUUAGUAGAGGCAGGGCAGUUCUCCCUGUGCAACAGGGAGGAAAUUGCCUGCUCCUCGAAGGCUCCUACCUCCUCGUUAGAUGAAAAGAGGAAGGGGAUAUAGGCUAUCGAUGCCUGAUUUCUCCUUCCUAAUUCAACAAUAAAAUAAGUUGUUACAUUUCCCUACCAAUUUUCUAUCACUGUUGUUCUCCCAGUGAUAGAAUGUAGCUGGGCACCAUGAACAAAGGAUACCAGUUAGGCAGUUACUGCUGUAGUUCAACAUGAUCCUAUUGAGGGCCUCAGUGAAAAUAGUUGGUAUAGAGAAAAGAGGGCCCUUUGGGAAGUUUCAUGCAUAGGAAAAAAGUGACUGAUCUAACAUGGGUGGGUAAAAUGGAGGUUCCUAGUAGAACCCCAGAUUCUGGAUGGAUAAUGGUUUCAUCAAGAUGGGGAGUCCAGGAAAAGGAGGAGAUUUUGGGAUGGGAGAUGAAGAGUGCUGUUUAUCUUCUCUAACUUGUUUCCCGGUCUGAUAAGAAUUUGGGAAAAUAUAUUUAGAGAACAUGAUCACUCCUCCACUUAUACACAUUAUACACAUACCUCUGCCACUGAUUUUGGGCUCAAUCCAACCUAUUCUCCACAGUGUUGUGAUCUUUUAAAGCUGUACCAUAUGCAAUGAAAUGUAAUUUGGCAAUAAAAAAGAAUGAAAUACU